CACCCGUGAGAGCAGCGCGAGCAGAGCAGACCCCAGCCUCUGCUCUCGGCGCUGACACACUGAAGCUGCCGUGGAGAGCGUGGAUCGGACAGGCUCCAGGAGGACGAGGAGCCGCUGAAUGUUUGUCCAACCAGAAGUUUACCGGAGAAAAGCGCAGAUUUCGGCUCAACAGCGUCACUUCUGCGCCGUGGAGCGUGCGUAAAAGGCGCAGGAGACCAAGGACAAGAGGACAGACUUACUACCCCAAUUUUGGAGUGACAGUCCUGGGAUGAACGUGCUCCUCCCUCCGCCCUCCUCCAGACCUCCAGGGGGGGCCCCAAUACUCUGAGAGUGCGUGGUGCGUCUGACACCAUCCUGGCGCCAUGGCUCUGGUUCAGGCGCUCCCCGUGUCCGUCUCUGAGCACCCGGCGGCCCCUCUCCAGCCACAGCAGUCCCUCCAGGGCCCCUGCUCCGGCCUCUGCUCUGGCCCCUGCUCCGACCCCUCCAACACAGCCAUGGGUUCGGUCAGCAGCCUCAUCUCCGGGCGCACAUACCAGGAGAGACACUGCCGCGCUGCCAGCGAGUCGUCGUCCUCCAAGCUCCGGCGCUCGACCCCGGCAACCAACUGCUUCCGUCUCCCCGACAACGGCACCCUGCGCAGUGGGUCCUCCAUGGAACAGCUGCUGAUCAUCUCCAAUCACAACCAGCCUCAGGGACAGGUGCUGCCCCCUCCCCUGCCCACCAAGAAGCACCCGCGAUCAGGGAACUGCGCCGGGACGGGUGGGAGUAGCGGAGGACCCAUAGGAGCACCACCCGUAGCGGCACCCACGGGAGCUACAGGAGGGGUGUCCAAUGGGAAUUAUGCGUACAGUGAGGAGGCGGCAGUGGGAGAUUGGAAUGAUAACGUGGUUUUAGCGGUCACCAGUCCCUGCUCAGACUCGGAGGAGCAGAGGGACAACCGGGGUCUCAACGGCAACAUCGGAGGACCCCCACCCAGACUCAUCCCUGUGUCCGGACAGCUGGAGAAGAAUAUGGAGAAAGUGCUGAUCCGUCCAACAGCGUUCAAACCUGUGGUCCCUAAGAAUCGUCACUCCGUGCAGUACAUGGCCCCGAGGCAAGUGGGCACUAAGCUAUCUGAGAGCCAGGGCAGUCUGAACCUGCUGCUGCCCCUGGGGGGCUCCACGCACAUUAGCACCAAUGCUAACACAGCUAACACAACUAACACGGUUAACAGCACUUCCACCUCUGAAGACAAGUGUAAUGGCGUCCGUAACGCUCGUAACAGUCAGUCCUGCUCCAUGUCGGACUCUGGCAGGAACUCUCUGUCCUCUCUGCCCACCCACAGCAGCACGGGCUACAGCCUGGCCCCCAGCGAGGGUUCCGGCUCGGGCUCUGGGGGGCCCAUGGAGCAGGCGGGUCUGAGGAACACGUCAGGAGGCAGUGUGAGCCAUGGACACACAAACUCAGACAGUGGGCGCUCCUCCUCCAGUAAGAGCUCCGGAUCGGGGUCAGUGAGUGGGCGCGGGCAGCCCCUCUCAGACAGUGGCUCCUGUGGGCACUCCCCUCCUCCUGUGGAGGGCUACGAGGCCGUGGUCAGAGAGCUGGAGGACAAGCUGAGGGAGAGGGACCUGGAGCUCCAGCAGCUCCGGGAGAACCUGGACGAGAACGAGGCUGCGAUCUGUCAGGUGUAUGAAGAGAAGCAGCGUCGCUGUGAGCGAGAGAUGGAGGAGCUGAGGCAGAGCUGCGCCUCAAAGAUGAAGCAGACGUCUCAGAAAGCUCAGAGAGCCCAGCAGGUUCUGCAGCUGCAGGUGUUCCAGCUGCAGCAGGAGAAGAAGAAGCUCCAGGAGGACUUCUCCACUCUGCUCCAGGACAGAGAGACUCUAGAGAGACGCUGUGCCACAAUCCAGAGAGAGCAGACCCAAUUGGGCCCGCGCCUCGAGGAGACCAAGUGGGAGGUGUGUCAAAAGUCAGGCGAGAUCUCCCUCCUGAAGCAGCAGCUGAAGGAGAUCCAAUCGGAGUUGAGCCAGAAGGCGGGGGACAUUGUGACUCUGAAGGCCCAGCUGAGAGAGGCCCGUUCAGAGCUCCAGUCCAGCCAGGCCCGCACCCACGAGACCCAGGCCGCCCUCCGCACCCGUGCCCUGGAGCUGGAGGUGUGCGAGAACGAACUGCAGCGACGCAAGAGCGAAGCCGAGCUGCUCCGGGAGAAGGUGGGGCGUCUGGAGGAGGAGUCAAAACGAAAACGGGAAGCACUGGUCAAUCACAGCGCUCCAAACGGGAACGGCAAGGGCCAGAGCCAGAGGGUCAGAGGUGGACCCAGUCCCUCCGUGUACCGCGACGGAGAGGAAGGACACAUGGUGUGGGGAGGGGAGAGUGAUGAAGCCAAGGCGCACAGGCAGAGUGUGGAGGCUGUGCUGGGGCUGAGGCAGCAGGUGGAGAGGCUGAAGGCGGAGCUCAUGUACGAGAGACGCACCAGCGAGGAGCAGGUGUCUCGCUUUGAGGACGAGAGGAGGGUGUGGCAGGAAGAGAAAGAGAAGGUGAUCCGCUACCAGAAGCAGCUGCAGCAGAAUUACAUCCAGAUGUACAGGCGGAACAGGGACCUGGAGAGGGCCAUGAGGGAGCUGAGCCUGGAGCUGGAGAGCCGUGACCUGGACGAGUACGAGGUGCGCAGCGGCAGCAACGACAUCCACUAUGAGGAGAUCACUGCUACUGAGAUCUGACCUCACUACGGAAGCCCCCACAUGCCAAGAACUAUAGACCCAAGCCCGAGAACUGCACUAUCCCCACUACGGCUUUACCUGGACCACUGUAGAACUGUCCGGACACAAGUAUUUAACACAAAACCAGCACAAAGACUGUUUAUUUUCCCAGCUACAGUCGAAUCAGGGUAUCUGUUCUCAAAGCAAAAAAAUGAAGAGGAGUGCACAGGAACUGGUCUGACUUUAGGAGUAUUACGGAGUCACCAGCAUGUAUGUAACGACAACAUUAAACAACAUUACCACUUCUACAGCAGGCUAAUGGGCUAGCUACAUGUGCAUGGAUGUUUUCAGUAUCAUUUGUGAUAGAUUUUUGGGGAAUUUUCAUAAGGUAUAAAUUGUACAAAAAAAUUGACACUUGAAAAUGUGAGCACUUGGUAUUUUGGCUAAAAAUUAGAGACACACAUUAGCAUUCUACACUUGCAGUUGAAUAAAUAAUACUUUUUUGAUAAAUGCAGCAAUAUAUAGCCCACAAAUAUAGGCAACUUAUUUCAUUUAUUUUUCCUUUUUUUUCCUCAAAAACGAAAUAAAAUCUGAACAGACACAUAAAUCGUAUCCACUUGUAGCUAGAGAUACACCAUUAGUGACUUUUUUACACCCAAAUACCACCAUUUUGUCUUUCAAUACACAAUUUUGCACAAUAAGGGAACACCAAAACAGGAUUUGUAAAUUUCUAAAUCUUCAUUGUGUUUUCUCAAAUUUUCAAGAAUUUUCUGAGAAUUUGAAUUUGUUUUUGUGCAGGAAUUUACACAACAAUCUUCUCGCGUUUUUUCUGAAACAAAUCAUUUCUUUGACAUUUGCUUACAAGUGGAUUUCCUCUUAUUGUCCACCGCCACAAAGGAAACUUCACCAAUCAGCUUACAGCAACACAAUGCAUUCUUAGUACUACAUUUACAUAACAUUAGUGCAGCAUUAAAGAGGGGGUAUUAUGUAAAAUAGUCUUUUUUUUUAGCUUUCUACCAUGUUAUAAUGUUGUUCCCUCAUCAAAAACAUUCCUGAAGCGGUUUUAGACGUCAUCCAUGCAUGUUUGAGCAAUCUAGUGAUCGCUCCCGGGCCCUAUUCAAACCCUUCUAACAGUUAGCAGUACGAGUCUGUCCAAGCCUACAUCACCCAUGCUCCCACACAACAAUUCUCCAUAAAUAUAAAAAAGCAUGAUGCAAAACUGUACACAACAACUUUACAAACCUGAUGCGAUGUGCAGCAGUUUCAUUAGCACACUCAUUGUAAUGUGAUAGCGCUCUGAAGGGGGAGUGACUCAGACUCAUGAAAGACUUGUUAAUACGUUGUUGUUUUUUGGCGAAUAUAGGAUUUUCAAAACAAUCAAAGGUAACAUGGUGAUGGUGAUCUAAAUAUGUUAUGUGUUAGCAGAAGAAGUGUAAUACCUCCUCUUUAAGCUAUUUAGUUUGAGUUUCUGCUCUCCUCCUCCUCCUCCUCCCCCUCCUCUGCCUCCACCUGCCACCAUCUUCUUAGCCAUUCUAUUUUUAUAAAACUCUCAGAACUAAAAAUGUCUCUGGCGGUGACACAUUUCUGCGUAAAUCGUGGGCAUGCUUUUUUUCUGAAUUUCAAUGCACUCCUUGCUCCUCGUUCUCCUCCUCUUCUCCACCUUCCUACUCUUCUCCUCUUAAGCUUUUAGCAGUCUCCUGAAAUGUCUUCCUCUAAUCUGCUCCUACUGCUUUAAAAAGGUAGCAGGGUGGCACGCUUGCAUGUUUUUGUAACCGAACGAGUGGGCCGAUUUAAUGCACUGAUGGAUCUGGAAAACAGUUUAUUUUACUAAGAGUCUAUAUCAAGAAGGUAAAGGUAUUCUAUAUAAUGGAGGAAAUGUUGUAUAUUUUUCUAUAGCAGCUGAAGAUAUUUUGUUGUAGUACUGGUAACAGUGUGGGUCUACUCUGCAAGUAUAAAGAGUAUUAUAUCUAUCACAUACAUGUAACUCAAAUGAGUGGUCACUUAAAAUGGAGAGGGGGGUUGAUAAAUGUGCAGUCAGUGGUGGAAGGUAACAAAGUAAAAGUAGUAAAGUACUGUACUUAAGUGUACAUUUUAGGUGUCUGUACUUAAGUAAAUUUUACAGUGAAUAUUUUACUUCACUACAUUUGAGAGCAGUAUCUGUGCUUUCUACUCCACUGCAUUUUUGAACUGGACUGAAAAGUAAAAGUAUUUUUUUUAACACAUUCAUAAUUUGAGCAAACAAACAUUUACAAACAAAAAACAGCUAGAAAAAAACAUUGAUUUAAUUGGUUCUGCUGAUAAAAAAAAAAAAACAACUCCGCAAAUCUUUAUCAAAAUCACUACAGUUGAAGCCGUAUAGGACCUCAAAAUCUGUGCAAAAUACUUUUACUUUUUACUCUUAAUGUACAUUUUUAAACUGGUGCUUGAAUAUUUUUACUUUUCAUGUGAUACUUUUAUUUUAUUUUUUUGCUCCAGUAUCUGUACUUUUACUUAAGUAACAAAAUUGAGUACUUCUUCCACCACUGGAUCUGGUGUUAAAAUUAGAGCAGUGAAAAUUGAUUUUCAGCAGGUUGUGAAAGGGUGGAGGGGAGUCCUGAGCGCUUUUGGAAUAUAAUGAGAACUGGAUUAUCAGGACGAUAUACUGGUGAAGCUCUAUUAUGUCACAUUAGUUAUAAAUAAUAGGAAUUUUUUAAAAUGUGUAACAUAAGUAACAAUUUACAGUAAAGACACAACUGUAGCACUUCACUGGAUUUGGAGCAUUAGCUUUAUCAUUGGGAGAGAAAUGUAAGAAAAAAGGGAUUUUGACAUGGUAUUAAAUAUCAAAACAAAAAUAAGAAUGGUUCAAUUAACUACUCAAAAUUAGGGGCAAAUUUAGAAGCAACAUCACAAUUUUAUGAUUAUUCACAGUUACUGAAAUGGAAAACAUGGGGAAACUCCUCACUCACUUUCAUUCAUAAUUUCUGGAACACACUAAAGGAACACUACCAUUCCUUUAGUGUGUGACAGACCAAGCAAAAUUACUGUGACAUAAAUGGACAAAAAGUGCUUUUACGUUUACUAUCUUACGGUGUAGUAGUAGUAGUAGUAGCCAAUUUGAUUUAAAGAUUGAAUAAAAAAAACACUUCAUGCUCCUAAAAUCCUCACGUAUACAAUUUAGUUACAAUUAUGUUUAUAUUUGUAACCUGAAUAUUCAUGAUUACUGAAUUAUCUUUCCAUCCCUAUGUAUUUAUACUUAGAGUUGUGCAUCCUUACAUCUAUACUUUUAUAUAAAAUCACCAAGUUUUAAUCUAAAUCCUAGCAGUACCAAAAGCACAGUUACAACCAAUCAGACGAGUGUGUUGUUGUUCUGCAUAUUAAUAAGCAGGUAGGUGAAAGAUCUACUGCUGAUCUGUGCUAAAGCAAGUGAAAAGAAGGACAUUGCUUUGUGGGUAGUCUUAAAGGGGCCAUGUUACGCUAUUUUGUGAUCUGUGUUAUAAUGUUUCCUCAUCACAAACAGACACGGAGUUGUAUUUUGUUUCUUUCACACGUUAAACACACAAACCCUGCAUAUUUAGGCUGAGCUCUUCUCUCAAACUGGAAACUCUCUGUUCCACCUUGUGAUAUCAUGUGGUGAUACAGGAAAUGCUCCACUGUGUUUUUAAAGUUAAUAAGGCGAUUACUCAAACAUGUGUGAGUGAAACAAAACACAACACCAGGUAUGUUUUUGAUGAGGUUACAACAUGACUAAAAGCUCAAAAGAAUCAAUUUUGCGUAAUAUAGGACCUUUUUAAAGCUUGAUUUUAACACAAGAUCUGAAGGUUGUCAUGACGACACAUUCAAACAUCCUCUUUUUCUGUGACCACUCAUUUACCAUCAUACUACCACUUCUCACUGUUGUGCACGCCAUAUGUUUAGUAACUGCAUGAGGGACUUCUUCUCUGAGAGGUCAACAAAACGCUUCUAAAUAUGGAAAAAGUAUUAUUAAUAAUGAUCAUGGUGUUUGGUCAUGUGCAUGUGACGACCACUUUCUCUGUGGUUUGGGGAGAUUCAAAAUGUCUGCUCCAGAUGUUGAACUAAAGCCUUGGAAAGUUGACAUGAACGGAAAAAGAAUAAUAUCGUAGUAUCAGUUUGUACCUCAAAUUGACGUUGUUUUAAAAAGUGGAUUAGAAACACUGAUUUUGAACUCCAAAUUAAAGCUGCGCUAUGUAACUUUUCAUAUGAAGGAAUUACCACCUGCUUGUCUCAAUGUGGAUGUUUUUGCUUUGCCUGGAAUGUCCAAAUUUCAAACUCGAUAUCGAUACUAAGGAAUACACUCGAUGUUCAAUACCGAUUCUGAUACCACCAUGAUAAUAACAAUUGAAUGUGACUUUUUAGUAUUGAUACUUGUUCAAAUGAGUAUCUAUCAAACAUAUCGAAAAUCAGAUACUAAUCGAUACUAAAACUAGCAUCAAUACUAAAGCUAGCAUCAAUUAGUAUUUGAUUUCUGAUACUUUUGACUUUUGACAACACUAAUAGGGCAUUAUCUCGAUGAAGACAAGCAAGGUGACUCCACUAGGCCAAGUUACAGGUCGGAUCUGUGGAGAGGUGACCCCACUCUCAUUACAAAUGCAUGUUUUUCAAAGUGUUGUAAGCAAUAAAAUAACAUGUAACUGAAUAAUACCAUAGUGGGGAACAUUCCAAGCAAAACAAAUCAAGCAUAUGGAGGACCCCCAAACAGAAAAGUUACAUUGUGCGCUUUUAAUUCCUAAAACUUACUAAUGUGGACUAAUCAGUAAUAGUAACACCACAUAGCCCAGUUAUACACAAUACAGCACUGUCCCUUUAAGGCACAAACUGAGCUAAUUGCUAAUGCUAACCUCAAAUAGACUGUUACAGAUGCGACGCAGGACAUAUUUGAGUAUUAAUGAUCAGAUUUAACCCCUUAAACACUGUGCGUCUGAAGUAUACAUGUAAAUAUGUAAAACACUCAAAUAGUAUAUCAGAGCUGACAUUGUAUUUUAUUUAGACAAAGAUCUAUAUUUCAAAUGUAGCCACUGUGACUAGACCAAAGCAACGUUUCUUUCUGUUUUUUUUCUGUGGCAUUCUUCUGUUCUUCAUGAGUCUGUCCAUCAUCAUCUCUUCUGUAGUCCUCUGUAUAUUUUUAUGUGUAUAUUUCUUGUACAAAUAAUGACUGUGUUUUUAAUUAAAACAAGUUGUCACGGCAU